UUUUGUUUUAUGGUGCUACUUAGCUGUAUUUUUAAGUUAUGAAGGUUUAAAUCAAAACAAACCAACUGCAGUUGAAUUGAAAUUAACUGGAAUUCACAACCAAAAAACAAGAUUUCUGAACAAUUAAAAAAACGGUGGUUUAUGUACUACAUUUGGUGUUUCCAUAUAGUUUGCACAGUAAUGUGGUAAGUUAUAAUAAUUACCUUUUGAAUUUCUUUGCAAAGUCGUUGAGGUAUGUAGGCUAUUUAUAACAAUAAUAAUGCAUUAGUUGAAGUUUUAAUCACAUAUAUGUACUAUGGGAGACCAAUAUAUUACAAUAAGGUACUAAUUUAUUAACAAAAUAGGUGCUCUUUAAAAAUACACUUUGUGAUCAGGAAACGGUAAUAUUAAGAAUCGGCUAUUCCGUCUAUUGAGUUGUUAUGAGAUUCAAAACAGCCGAAAGGGUUACCUGUCAUUCGGCCUUCCGUGGCGGAAGAAAGUAGUUCCCCAACAAAGAGGCUUUUAAAAUAACUCAUUUGUUUUAUAUUUUUCUUUUAUUAAACAUGUACUGUCGAACAAGCAUUUAUUUAAGCAAGUAUUUAUUAUAUAUGUAUAUAAAUAAAUACAUUUUAUAAACACACACACAAUAGAUAUAAACACUAAGAAAAUAAAUUUGUAAAUAAAUGAUCUAUCAAACUGUCUGUACCUCACACUCCUGUCAGUAGUUGACGGGAAGCAUCUUUAGUUUGUUUACCAACCGCCAUUAACUCCUAAAAGAAGAAGAAGUGUUGAGUGUCUUCUCUCUCCAGUACAUUAGGAGGCGCUGCAGCUCUUCAAUCUGACGAUAAACCCAAUAAAGAAAGAAAGAGCGAGCUCGUGUGUGAUGUGUUUGUGUAUCUUCUGUGUUUUUCUCUCUUGAGUGUUUAAUUGAAUGUAAACACGGUCUUGUGUUAAGAUGUUGAUGAUGAAAGAUGAGAUGGAUUUGAUGUGCUGUAAAUCAGUAGGAACUGAUCUGUCUAUGCUGGAUAUUGAGGAUUUCAUCACAGAAAUCUCUCAGCUGAAGAAAGAGGUGGCGUUACUGGAGACAAAGUUGAGGUUAAGAGGAGAUGAAGGACUGAAGAUAGAGGAUGUGGUUUGUUGUGAAUCUUCAGUGUAUUUGACUGAUGGACGUCUGGAUUCAGUGUGGAUGAGCAGAGAUCAGAGCCGCACACCACAGACACUGCUGGACUCUAAACUCUCUGAAGAGAAAUCCAGACACACACAGAACUCAGAGCUCAGUCUCACUUUACUCGGUUAUACUGAGUCAAAGCCCACAAACACUCAGUACACUACAGUGUGUGACAGUAAACAGAGCUUACAGGAGGAUCAAACCUCCACAGAGUCUCUGGAUUCUGUCUGUAACGCUGGAGAACAUCAACAGAUCCUGCAGACCACAAUGAAGAUGUGUUCAGUUAAACUCAUUGACUGCAAGAACCUGAUGAUGGAGAUAAAAACAGAACCCACAGCAGAUGAAUAUGAAGACAAUCAUAAUGAUGGUCAGGAGUUUAUUAUCUCAGACGUGAAGAGUGAAUCAUGUUGUGAUGGAGAAAUAACGUCCUCAACAUCAGAAGAGCGACUGACAGCACAAACUCAAGAGAAGAAACUUCAUUCAGAAGAGCAAAGAGAGACGAAGAAGAAGCCGUUUAACUGUGAGCAAUGUGGGAAGGAUUUUGAUUUCUUAUUUCAGCUGAAAAGCCACAUGAAGGGACACAGUGGUGAAAAACCUUUCUACUGCAAUGAUUGUGGCAAUUACUACAGCAGCAAAAAAAGUCUUAGUUUGCAUAAGAGAAUUCACAAAGAGAAACCGUACGAGUGUCCUCACUGUGACAAGACAUUCAACUACCAAUCCAAUAUGAAGAAACAUGUGCGUUUACACACCAAUGAGAAACCGUAUCAGUGCAGUCAAUGUGGAAAAACCUUCAAACAGUCAUGCUCUUUAAAGUCACACGAAAAAACACACUCUCAAGAGAAACUCUAUCCAUGUUCAUACUGUGAUGAACAUUUCAAUGAUAACUCUCAUCUGAUAAACCAUGAGAGAGUUCACACAGGAGAGAAACGUUACGUCUGCAGUGUUUGUGGGAAGAGUUUUAAUCAGCAUAAAAAUUUAGUGAGACACCAGAGAACUCAUAGAUGUGAAAAACCUUACAAAUGCUCUCAAUGUGAGAAGACAUUUACUCAGUCAGGUUACUUAAAAAUCCACGAGAGAAUUCAUUCUGGAGAGAAACCUUACGUCUGCAGUGUUUGUGGUAAGAGUUUUAAUCAACGUGAACAUUUAGUGACACACCAGAGAACUCAUACAGGUGAAAAACCUUUCAAAUGCUCUCAGUGUGACAAGACGUUUACUCGUUCAAGUUCCUUAAAAAUCCACCAGAGAAUUCACACAGGAGAGAAACCUCAUCGCUGCAGUGUUUGUGGGAAGAGUUUUAAUCAGCAUACAAAUUUUGUGAGACACCAGAGAACUCAUACAGGUGAAAAACCUUACAAAUGCUCUCAGUGUGGUAAGAGCUUCUCUAAUCCAGAUUCUUUGAGUUUUCAUGAGAGACUUCACAUUGAAGAGAAACCUCAUCACUACAGUGUUUGUGGAAAGAGUUUUAAUAAAAAUAAUAGUUUAUUGCGACACCAGAGAACUCAUACAGGUGAAAAACCUUUCAAAUGCUCUCAGUGUGAGAAGACGUUUACUACAUCAAGAUCCUUAAAAGUCCACGAGAGAAUUCAUUCUGGAGAAAAACCUUACGUCUGUUCUCAGUGUGGAAAAAGAUUCUAUGAUCCAUCUAAUUUCAGAGUUCAUCAGAGAUUUCACACUGGAGAGAAGAAAUUUCAUCACUGCAGUGUUUGUGGAAAGAGUUUUAAUCGGCGUCAAAAUUUAUUAAGACACCAGAGAACUCAUACAGGUGAAAAACCUUACAAAUGCUCUCAAUGUGACAAGACGUUUGCUUGGUUGAGUUCCUUAAAAGUCCAUGAGAGACUUCACACGGGAGAGAAACCGUUUAACUGUGAACAAUGUGGGAAGGAUUUUGAUUUCUUAUUUCAGCUGAAAAGCCACAUGAAGACACACAGUGGUGAAAAACCUUUCUACUGCAAUGAUUGUGGCAAUUACUACAGCAGCAAAAAAAGUCUUAGUUUGCAUAAGAGAAUUCACAAAGAGAAACCGUACGAGUGUCCUCACUGUGAGAAGACAUUCAACUACCAAUCCAAUAUGAAGAAACAUGUGCGUUUACACACCAAUGAGAGACCGUAUCAGUGCAGUCAAUGUGGAAAAACCUUCACGCAGUCAUGCACUUUAAAGUCACACGAAAAAACACACUCUCAAGAGAAACUCUAUCCAUGUUCAUACUGUGAUGAACGUUUCAUUGAUAAAUCUCAUCUGAUAACCCAUGAGAGAGUUCACACAGGAGAGAAACGUUACGUCUGCAGUGUUUGUGGGAAGAGUUUUAAUCAGCAUAAAAAUUUUGUGAUACACCAGAGAACUCAUACAGGUGAAAAACCUUACAAAUGCUCUCAGUGUGACAAGACGUUUAUUACAUCAGGAUCCUUAAAAAUCCACGAGAGAAUUCAUUCUGGAGAAAAACCUUACGUCUGCAGUGUUUGUGGGAAGAGUUUUAAUCAACGUGUACAUUUAGUGACACACCAGAGAACUCAUACAGGUGAAAAACCUUUCAAAUGCUCUCAGUGUGACAAGACGUUUACUCGUUCAAGUUCCGUAAAAAUCCACGAGAGAAUUCACACAGGAGAGAAACCUCAUCACUGCAGUGUUUGUGGGAAGAGUUUUAAUCAGCAUAAAAAUUUAGUGAGACACCAGAGAAUUCACACAGGAGAGAAACCUUAUGUCUGCAGUGUUUGUGGGAAGAGUUUUAAUCAGCAUAAAAAUUUAGUGAGACACCAGAGAACUCAUACAGGUGAAAAACCUUACAAAUGCUCUCAGUGUGACAAGACGUUUACUACAUCAAGAUCCUUAAAAGUCCACGAGAGAAUUCAUUCUGGAGAAAAACCUUAUGCCUGCUCUCAGUGUGGUAAGAGCUUCUCUAAUCCAGGUUCUUUGAGUUUUCAUCAGAGACUUCACAUUGAAGAGAAACCUCAUCACUGCAGUGUUUGUGGGAAGAGUUUUAAUCAGCAUACAAAUUUAGUGAGACACCAGAGAACUCAUACAGGUGAAAAACCUUUCAAAUGCUCUCAAUGUGACAAGAAGUUUACCACAUUGAAUAACUUAAAAGUCCACGAGAGAAUUCAUUCUGGAGAGAAACCUUACGUCUGUUCUCACUGUGGAAAAAGCUUCUAUGAUCCAUCUAAUUUCAGAGCUCAUCAGAGAUUUCACACUGGAGAGAAGAAAUUUCAUCACUGCAGUGUUUGUGGAAAGAGUUUUUAUCCGCGUCAAAGUUUAUUGAGACACCAGAGAACUCAUACAGGUGAAAAACCUUACAAAUGCUCUCAAUGUGACAAGACGUUUGCUUGGUUGGGUUCCUUUAAAAACCAUGAGAGACGUCAUUCUUCAGCUUCUCUGAUCAAUCUCAUUUCAUAGUUUAUUAAAGAGUUCACACGGGAGAGAAACUUUACCUGUGCAGUGUUUGUGAGAAGAGUUUUAAAGGAGUCGUAUGACCCGAUUUCAGGUUUUCCUUUGUUUUUAUAAUGUUAAAAGAUUUCUGUGCAUAAAGAAGAUCUAUAAAGUUGCAAAGUUAAAGUUUUAAUCCAAAAAGAUCUUCUUUUUAAAAGUGAAGCCUCACCAACGCCUUCAUAAGCGGCUUGUUCAAACACACCCCUGCAGUUGGACGUCAUACUGAAAUUUGCAUAACACCGCCCUAAUGUAUACGCAAAGAUAGAGGCUGUAACCUUCAUUCACAUUGUAGUAUUGUUGACAGGUCCGGUUCUAGAUAUUUGGAGGCCCCCCACACCCCUCUAAUUUUUAGAAUAAUCUAAGAAGUGUUUUUGUACCCUGUAAGAAAUCAUUUAAGCACUACAGUGAUUAAACAUGUUUUCCCCAUUA